CAUGGCAUCUUACGGAGAGCGCCUUCCUCUAUCCAUUGACGACCUCAGCGAUGCGGACGAGGUGGAGCUGGGAGACAGCCCGUUGGCCGGUUACGGCCGGCCCUCGUGCGUGGACGGCUGCACGCCAGCGGAUGGCGGCUCUGUGCCCGCCCAAAGUCGGUGGUUUGGUGGCGCCGGUGGCCCGGUCCUUGGCGCCGGUAAUGAACACCAGCCCGGCAGAGGUGCGCCCGCCCUGGACGACUGGGCAGACCCGGCCACAUUCGGCACCACGCUGCCGCACCUCAGCGAGCCGACAAACAACAGCCCACAGGCGGACCACACCCCGUCGCCGCUGCCACCGCCGUCGGCCCCCCGGCCCGGCUCGCCCGGCCGCCGCCAGCCGGGCGUGCAGGACCGUCUGGAGUCGCUUAAGGCCUGGGGCGUCACGACCUACAAGUGCUCGCGGCAGCUGAUCGCCGAGCGACUGGGACGCGCCGAGCCGACUGUGGACACUGAAAUAAAUGCUCAAGUAAUUGUUCUCCGGGAUACGCAGGCGCGAUAUCGUGACCUCGUGAGGGUUUCGCAAGCACUGUCGUCGCAUAUAAGUAAUAUGCUUGCCUCCCAGCUGCAGUUGGGUGAGCUGUUUGAGAAGCUGGGGCAGCGCAGUCCCGAGCUGCGGGACGAGUUCGGCUGUAACGCCGCCUCGCACCGGGCGCUGCACGAGAGCGGCCGGCCGCUGCGUGAGGCGCUGGUCUUCUUCGUCUCGUCCGUCCAGACACUGUGCGAGCAGACGAUCGAGGACACGCUCGCCACCGUCAGACAGUACGAGGCCGCCCGGGUGGAAUACGACGCGUACCGGGCCGACCUGGAGUGGGCGCAGCAGCAGAGCCAGGCGCCGGCCGGCGCGCCGGCCCUGCUGGCCGAGGCACAGCGGCAGCAUGACCUGCGGCGCGCCGAAUACGAGCGGCUCCGAGAGAAAGUCUCCGUCAAGUUGCGCCUUCUGGAUGAGAACAGGGUGAAGGUGAUGCAGAACCAGCUGAUACUGUUCCACAAGGCCGUCUCCAAUUUCUUCUCCGGGAACUCGGUGGCCGUGAAGGCGACGCUGGCGCACCUGAGCGCCAUGAGUCUGGGGGCGGGCGACGGCAGCACCGCCGGCCGACCCGGCGCCGCCUGAGGCCAGAGGUCAGCGGGAGGUCACGUGAACUCUGACAGCGGUCUCGGCGGCCGGCUCAGCUCAUCACUCGACGAUGUGUCAGCCGCGAAUGAGGCAACAGCUUGACUCCGGGCGCAGAAGGGCUCCGACAAGCAUCCGUAGUUCAGCACGAGGCGGGGCGGGGGGGGGGGGGGGGCGCUCGAAGCCAGGCACAGUCGCCGAGAUAUCAACCGGAGGUCAGUCACGUGCGAGUGAUGCCUCGGCGUGAAGUCACUGGUUACUCCACGGCUAAGCAAAGCAUCCGUACUGCGCUGGGGCGAGCUCGGCCUCAUCUCGGCCUUGGGCUGGUGAUCUGACCAUUGUGUUCUGCCCUCAUUGGUGCCUCGAUAUGUGCAUUUGGCGUGCCGGCGCGCCGCGGAGCAAUCGCUGCUCCCCAGCCGGAUUUCACGGGAUCCAAGCGUCUCGACUUCGCAAAUCGCUGCGUUUGGUAGUUGUCAGCUGGCUCCCAGAUUACCCGUGGAAAGACUGGUUUUAUAUGGGUCCCAGGUGAUGCAGCCGUUGUUUUCUGCGGGUGCUUGAGCGUUUGAGGAUGGCCCUGUCGUUGCGCGUCCGUCCACGGUUUACAGCUGUGUCCUAGUCCGUGCAAGCAAUGCAUCUCACACACGUGACAGUGGGGCUUAAAGCCUACAGUCGGCAAUCAUUUUUCGGUGUACUUUUGCCUGAUGACCUGUAAAUUUAGCAGCUAGAUCAGCUUAUCUAUGGGAAAGGCAGCGCGCGGGGAUGUUUCAAAUUAGGCACAUCCGAGAAAGGCAUGCUUUCGCAGUGCCUGCCACAGUACCUGCCUGCCGCAUUGUGCUGCGGCUCCUGGAGUCGCUCCUGUGUGACUCAGGUGAUCUGGACCCCGGGAGUCGCUCCUGUGUGACUCAGGUGAUCUGGACCCGGGGGUCGCUCCUGCCGCGGCUCCAGGAGUCGCUUCUAGUGCGACACCGCUUUGUGCUGCGACCCGGGGAGUCUUUCCUGCUUCGACUCUGGGAGUCUCCCCUGCCACCCCGGGAGUCUGUCUCGCUUCGGCUCCUAGAGUCGACUGUGGCGCUGCGACUCCGGAAGUCUCUCCUGCCGUGGCGCUGGCGAGCCUCCGUGAACGUUGACUUGCCUGUCAGGCUGGGCCGGUAGCUAUCAUCGUGGGGAGUCCGAUUGGCAGCCAUGUGCCGCCGUAUACCAGCCGCCCCUUGCCGGACGACGGGUAGCAGGCCGCUUGGCGUCGUCCUGCCGACGCGCGCCGCCUGGUGCAGCCAGCUGGCCCACGCCGCCGGCCGGCUUCCUCGAGCAGCCUCCUGUCAACUGGUGCAUUCCCGAGACUUAGAUGCUUUGUAAAUGCGUUUCUGCGUUAUAGGCUUUUGGACAGCCUGUUUGUUACAGUGCUCGCUUUCAUGUUCUCGGCAGAUAUAUCAUGCUGUAAUCCACAAGAGUUUUUUGGUUUUGUUUUUUGU